AUGGAGGAGCAGCAGCAACAUGACGAGCCAAUGCUGAAGACCUGCGACUCGGAGGCCACGUCGUCCUACCAACUCGGCGAGAAGGGCAUCCGCGCCAUCGUGAGUAUUCGUUUACUGAGUGUACGCACCUUCGACGGCAACGGCGCGAGCUUCAGCGUGGCCACGGGCUUCGUGGUGGAUAUGGAGCGCGGACUGAUUUUGACCAACCGUCACGUGGUGACGCCCUGGCCCGUUGUGGCUGACGCCAUUUCUACCCACUGUAUCAACUCCACCCUCUGUAGGCCAGUGCGGUGUCUGUCUGUCUGA